GUGAAACACUCAGAUAUGGAACAGUUAUAUUCGCUUCAUAAGAAGCUAGACCCAGCCAUAGAUACUGCCAAGGCUAAGGGUCUGAAUACCCAUCUUGAAGGGAUGAAGAUGCUUGAGUCCCUUCAGUAUGAGAAUGAAGAUCUCAUGAGGUUUCUCCCUGUGCUCUCACAAAGCUGAUUCCAUUCAGGCGCUCAUAGAACCAUCAAGCUUCAUGCUUAUAUCCUUAUUAGAAACUUUUGUAACUCCGAAGGAUUUAUAUGGGAUGAAGUGCUCGGAACUAUUCUUACAGACUUUGAUACAAUGGAUAAGGAAUUACAAAAGAAUGCUUUUAUGACCUUGGCUCAUUUUCCUAAAUUCGCUGCUUGUGAGUUUCUCACUUCGAUGGAGACAAUUCUGCUAAAAUAUUUAGAAAUAAGAGAAGGUAAGAAAGGAGCUCCUCCAAUGAGCGAAGAUGAGAAAAUGCUUGACUACCAAAACAAGCAUCAUUGCUUAGAAUACCUUCCAAAAUUCUUAAUCAAGACAUUUGCAAUGGUAGAAGGAGAUGAAGAAUCAUUUGCAACUAAGGAUAUUAUCAAAGAUUUAUUCAGGAAAAUCCUUGAUUUUAUAUUCCAUUCAGACAAUUUCUUAGCCUCUAAAGCCUUAGAAGCACUAAAGGAUCUUCUUGAGGCUUUUUACCUGCCUGAAUACUGUAAUUUCCCAUUAAUGAAAGAGACCAGAAAGAAGUCAGAUGGCAUAAAAUGUGAUGAUUCUUACUCUUUAAACAAGUGGUUAAGAGAAGAAUUUGAAAAUUCAACUUACUUCAUGCCCCUACAGCCUCUAGUAAAUCAAAUGUUGAACUAUAUCUUUCCAGAUUUCCCUGUUCUUAUGUAUAGAAUUUCAUGAUUGGACAGAACAUCAUCAGCCAAUUUAUAUGAUGUUCCAGUUCUUCUUUUUAAAUAUCUUCUUGAGCUGAGUGAGAAAGAAAGGAAGCAGAUUGAAUUCAAAGAUAUUGAAGAUUCUAUUGACGACUCAUUGCUUAUAUUUGAGCUACUGGAUGAACUCUCAGAAAAAAUUCUUAAUCUGCAUGUAAAAUCUGAAGACCUAAUAUAUCCACUCUUUAGUAAUUUUGUGAAGUUAUUGAGCCUUAGUGAUACCCAUACUUGAAAGCCCUCUAGAAUUCAGCUAGAAUCCUCUAACUUAUUGUACACAGUCUCAAAGCAUCUGGUUGGGAUUUGUAAAGGACAGGUGUUAAGCUUUGAUUGAAAAAUUAAAUCUGUAAAUCCAGACCCUUACAUAAAGUUUAAUAAUCUAAUUUUUGAUGGAAUUCAUUUGAAACUAUGCUAUAUUCUUCCUCUUAUCACUGACCCUGCCGCAAAAUCUGAGAUAGCAAUGGAUCUCCUUCCUCUAUGAAAAUAUCUGACAUCUGUAAUAGACAGAUUCUCUGCUUUAAAGCAAUUAUUCAAAUUUUUGAUAGGCAAGAGUCUUGAGAAAUGACUUCAGAAUUCUGAGAACUUUUCAUUCAAAAAUGAAAGAUGGUUCUUGUACACCACUCAGGUUAUCAAUAUACUGAUCGCCAAAGAAGAAAACUUCAUCUGGGAGGAAGAACUCUUCCUUUGUUGUAUCCAAUCUCUGCUCCAGUUGAAGUCUCAGAUUCCAAAAAUUACUAAAAAGGUGAGCAAAGGAUCAGUGUUUGAUGGAGCUGACCAAAAGUUCCUAAUAGAGGCUUGGCUCAAGCUUAUAUUUGACUUCUCAGAGCAGUGCUUAAGACUUCUUGAGAUCCAAAAUGCUGAAAAUUGUGAUAAAAACAGCCUCUGCAUAGGAUUCCUCAAGUUUCUGGAGGACAUCGCCAAAAUGAUGAAUUCAAUUGGAGACACAGCUAUGACAAGUUAUUUCAAGUACAAAUUUGAUAACUUCAAAGAUGCUGUCAUUAACAGAACGCCAAUCGUUGGACUUGUAGAGCAAAAUACACCCAAAGAGGAGAGAAAGGAAGAUGAUCCAAUUAACGAAGAAAUUAUUCCAGAUAAAGUCAGAGAAGACAUCAAAGAUGAUUAUUCAGUCAAUAGAAUCUUCGAAGAACUCUGGGUAGCUGAGAUCUUAAGUAGUCAUAUCAAACUUCAGUUUGAAGAGGAAGAGCCCGGCACUGAUGAUAGAAUUAAUGCAUACUUCAAUUUCCUGAAUGCUUAUAAAGUAAAACCUCAUCCAAUCACCAAGAAACCAAAGAAGUUGUUAAAAGAGAUUCUUGAUCAGGUAGAAUUGUCUCAGGAGUAUAAAAAGUCAUUAAAAACUUUUAAAGAGUCUCAAACUGGAGAUCAUAAACUGAGUAGAGAACCAUUCCAAACAUUAGUGACAGGGUUAGCAGAUCUUUUACAGAUUUAUAUAAGUUAUGAGGUGAAGAGAGGAUCCAUGAUUACAUUCCAUAUCGAUAUUGUAAACGUGACAAAUAUAUGCAUCACAAACUGCUUGCUUAGUUUCGCUUUGAGUGAUAAUCUUGAAAUGGUGUCUUCAGAUUCGGUGUCUCUUUUCUCAAUGAUAUCUCCAGAACAAAGACUAAAGAAAACAGUAACAGCCAAGAUCAAAAAAUUUGAACAGUGAGCUUGAACUGUUAUCGCUACCUUCCAAGAGUGUGACAUCAACCCAAUCAAGUCAGUACCCUUUAGAGUCAAACUUAAGCCAUGGCAAGAUCAGUUUAAAAUUUAG